AUGAAUCAGAAGACUUGGCCAUGCAGAUCGGACGGCCGCCAUUUCACAUCCCUCCCCUUCGUCCGGAAAACUCCCGGCGACCCGUCGGCCCCGGCAAAACCCCCCAAGAAACACCUCUCCCUAUUCUCCGCGAGCGCUCAAUCGCCGCCUCCGGCGGCGAGCCCCGACUUCGCCGCGCUUCCCUACGACGUCGUCUCGAGGAUCGCGGCGUCGUUCAGGCUGCCCGACCUGAGGGCGGCCUCGCUCGCGUGCCGGGCGUGGAGAGACGCGCUGAGGCCCCUGCGCGAGGCCAUGGUGUUUUUGAGGUGGGGAAAGAGGUUAAAGCACGGGCGGGGAGGGUCGGGGAGGGUCGACCCAGCCCGGGUGCUGGAGUGCUUCCUCAAGGGGGCGGCGCGUGGGUCCACGCUGGCGAUGGUGGACGCGGGGCUGAUCUGUUGGGAAAUGGGGAAAAGGGAGGAGGGGGUUUUCUGGUACCGGCGGGCGGCCGAGCUCGGCGACCCGGCCGGGCAGUGUAAUUUGGCUAUUGCGUAUUUGCAAGAUAAUCCACCUAACAACAACCAAGCAAUAAAGUGGUUGUACAAAUCCUCAUUUGCCGGUCAUGUCCGUGCCCAAUACCAACUUGCGCUCUGUCUGCAUCAAGGUCGAGGAGUAGGAAAAAGCCUUCAAGAAGCGGCUCGUUGGUAUUUAUCGGCUGCUGAAGGAGGGUAUGUUCGUGCAAUGUAUAAUACGUCUUUGUGCUAUUUAAUGGGCGAGGGUUUGGUGCAAUCUCAUAGGUUAGCAAGAAAGUGGAUGAAGAAGGCAGCUGAUCAUGGUCACAGCAAAGCACAGUUUGAGCACGGUUUAGGUCUUUUCUCGGAAGGAGAUAUGAUGAAGGCUGUCGUGUACUUAGAACUGGCGACUAGGGCCGGUGAAAGGGCUGCUGCUCACGUAAAGAAUGUUAUCCUUCAACAAUUAUCGACAGUUUCUCGUGAUCGAGCUAUACUUCUUGCCGACACCUGGCGAGCUUUGCCCGCCUCUCGAUGA